CCAACCUUUGUUUUGUGCGUGGACAGGAAGUUGUUGCACCAGCGUGUGGAGGGAAAAGAGGUUUCCCCCGAGGAGAACUUCCUCCCCAAACACCAACGAGUCAAAGAUCUGUGUCAGCGAGCCGAGUACCAGACACCGUGUCAGCAGACCGGACAGAAGUGGCAGUGUGUGGAGGACAAUACGGGGAAGCUUCGCCUCUUCAAAUGUAAAAACGAAGGAGGCGGGGCUAAGAACAUCCAGAGGGGUGUGGCCAACCGUCAGCGUCCAAUCAGCAUCAAGUCUCAGAUGUACAACAGUAACGCUGAUCCCUGCAAUUGUGACCUUGGUGACCUCCGACCCAUGAACCUGCGGCCCUCUUUGAUGAGGUCGUUCAACAAGAAGCCGUUCUUCUCCAAGAAGAAGUUCAAAGCCCUGAAGAGUUACUCCAGGAACCGUUACAGCCGCUCAGUAUCCAUGACGAACAGUUACCCUGGCAACAGCAGCAUGGCAGGCGGGGCCAAUUGGGCUCAGCCAAUAAGAGACGAGUCUGAGGACGAGUUCAGCGGGAUGGGAGAAGUUCCUAAAGGUGUGACGCUGCCUCCCAAGUCCCACAAAGUCACACACAGAUGCUUCAUUCUGUCCAACGCCACGGUGAAGUGUGACACAGGAGUGUAUCAGUCUCUGCAGGCCUGGAAGGACCACAAGCUGCACAUCGACCACGAGAUCGAGACGCUGCAGACCAAGAUAAAGAACCUGCGGGAGGUCAGAGGUCACCUGAAGAAGGCCCGCCCCCUGGAGUGUGACUGUAACAAAUACCUGUUUAAGUCCAAACUGAAAAAUAAGCUUCGGCACAGAGGAGGAAGCAUCCACCCCUUCAGGAAGGGCGGGGCUCGGGACAAGAAGGCGUGGCUUCUGAAGGAUCAGAAGAGGAGGAAGAAGAUGAGAAAGAUGAUAAAGAGGAUCAGAAACAACGACACAUGUUCGAUGCCCGGACUCACCUGCUUCACACACGACAACCAGCACUGGCAUACAGCGCCCUUCUGGACAUUGGGAUCUUUCUGCGCCUGCACCAGCGCCAACAACAACACGUACUGGUGUCUCAGGACAAUCAACGAGACCCACAACUUCCUGUUCUGCGAGUUCGCCACCGGCUUCCUUGAGUACUUCGACCUCAACACGGACCCGUACCAGCUGAUCAACGCCGUCAGCUCUUUAGAUCGGACGGUCCUCAAUCAGCUUCACGUCCAGCUGAUGGAGCUCAGAGGCUGCAGGGGACACAAACAGUGUAACCCUCGCACGCGCUCACUGGAGCAGGGAGGGCGGGAUCUCAGCAGCUUUGAUGACUACAGGCUGUUUGAAAGGAGGAAGUGGCCGAGAGUCAAGAAACCAUCGUCUCGAACCCUAGGUCCGAUCUGGGACGGCUGGAAAGGCUGAGUCCCCUGAUUGGCUGGAGCAGGCUCCUGACCCCACCCACAGCAGCCUGAAGGAGCAGGGGCGUGGUUGUUGAUGCGAUUUCAGCGGCACCAAUCGACAACCACGCCCCCAAAACUCACCACCCUGCCAUCUGUGUGACAUCGUUUGGCCCUCUAACCCUGCUGCUCAGGGAGACGCUGGGACGAAACACUUGAACCUCUUCCGUCAGCUGCUCCUCCCUGAUCAUCCUUUGAGGAGUUCAGCUUCAGGUGGGGGAAACGAGGGCAGGAGGAGGAAGAGGUGGAGGAAACAGUUUAUUAAACAGUAGGAGGAGACAGAGUGUUAUAGGAGAUAUUAUUUUAAGAAUAAACUCCACGGACUUCGCUAAAUUUCAGCAGGUUUGUCGAGGGAAAAGUCUUCAUUUGGCCCUGAGUUUAGACUUCCAGGACGAUCUUCUUGCCCCCACCAUCAUACAAGGAUCAAAAAGUCUGUUUUUACAGCAGAGAUUAACAUGUUUACAGCCUGGUUCAAAAAACCAAAUAGGUGUGAUUAGCUCAUGUCUCGAUGGACACACACUGUACGGGGGGUGAAUGUUUUGAUGACUCAUCAGUUUUGAUUUGAUGAAGGAUAAGAGUUAUUCACAAUAAGGCGUGGAGCUGACCUGAUUGACAGGUGGGCGCGGUGUAACGGUUUGUCAGGAGGUUUAAAACCCGCCUCAGCUCCAGCUCUCAGCCUGUCGUUAGGUUGACUGAAAGUUAGACUGAGACAGCAUUUCCAGCACGGAGACCGCCAUCGAUGGGACUCCAGCGCCCCCUGCAGGGACAGACGGGGGACGACACUCAGACUUCAAACAUUCAGAUUUACAGUCUGUGGUCUGAAUGCAUCUUAGUAGUAUAUUUUCUGUAAACGAGCGGAAAAUCUACCAAUUCAAAAGGAUAUAAAAAUCCUGAUGCUUUUCCCUUAUUUCAUCCAGAAAAGAAAACUCUUAUUUCUGACUAUAUCUUAAACAAUCUGUCUGCUCUUUUAGAGAUUUUUCCGUGCCAGGAAUUCUUUCUCGAGAAAUAGUUUUUCAGAAGUGUAGAAACGCAAAACUUUUCUGUUUAAGUUCUUUUUCUUUUUGAAUAUUUCUGUCUAAUGACCUGAAACCUGCCAUUUUGAGUUAAAAUCUUGUCACUUGAACAAAGAGGAAACAGCAGUUUUAGAAGUUCCUCGUCCUCCUCCUCGUCCUCCUCCUCGUCCUCCUCCUCGUCCUCCUCCUCUUCAGGUGACCUCCCGGUGGCCAUAUUUGUUGUCCAUGUCCAUAUGUAGUCUUUCUAACCGUCUGUGAAGACAUUAAAGGACCUGUUCUCCUCUCCUUGUUCUUUGUACUAAACACAGACUGAGACGGAAGCAAAUAA